AUGUCUAAAGAUAUUGAAGACAAGUUUUUGGUCAUACUUCAACAACAUCCAACUGGAAUAUCACAAAAAGAUUUCAAAGAUGAACUUGGAGGAGAUAAUCAAGCAAUAUUAACUGUUAUCAACAAACUCGUCAAAGAGGGUAGAAUCAUAUACAUACAAAACCCAGAUGGAUCGACAUCGUACAGAGAAGUUACUACGUUGGAGGAUCAGUCCAAGUUUAAAGGUCUGUCGGCAGAUGAAAUGCUUAUCUAUCAGAUCAUAGAAGACUCAAAGGACAAGGGUGCAUGGACCAAAGAUAUGAGAGGUCAAACCAAUUUACAACAGGUUCAAAUCACAAAGAUCAUCAAGACAUUGGAGACUAGAAAGCUUAUCAAGGCUGUAAAGACAAUCGAUGCAGGAAAGAAAAAAGUAUACAUGUCAUAUUCGAUGGAACCAUCAAGAGAUCUCACUGGUGGUUCAUUGUACAGUGGUGGACAAACACUCGAUCAAGAGCUUAUCAAUGCAAUGAAAUGGUCUUGUUCAUCGUUUAUCUCCAACAAGGGUGCUGCUGAUAUUUCAGAGGUUAUGAACUAUCUCAAGAAACAAGGUGAAAAGGAUCUAACAGAAGAAGAUAUUUUAACACUUUUAAAUAGUUUGAUUUAUGAUGGUCUAGUUGAAGAAAUGAGAGAUACAAGAGCAAAACAUGUUUUAUCAAGAAAACCAACAGGAAUUAUUUAUAAACCAACUAAAACCAAAAUACCAGAAAAUCAUUUCACCAAGAUGCCAUGUGGCAACUGUCCAGUUUUCCAUUUGUGUUCAGAGGUUGGAGAAAUCACUCCUGCCAAAUAUAGAAAUAGAUAG